AUGAAGUUCCAGUCCAUCCUCUCCCUUGCGCUGCCCGCCACCGUCAUGGGCCUUGCGCUGCCCAUUGGCUUCUACAACCGCGACGAGUUCCUGACCAAGCGCGAUGCCGCCGCUUCCUUCGAGCCCACUGGCGACGAGUACCUCCUGAAGACGCAGCUCGUCAGCAGCAACUCCUCCCUGGCCAAGUUCAACAACCUCUACCUUACCGCCUUCCACACCGGCGCUGGCACCAACGACGCCGUCUUCACCGCCGACAAGGACAGUGCCGCCACCGGCUUCCUCAACGAGACCGCCGACGGCUCAUACCAGGAAUUCGACUUUGGCACCGAGUUCCCUUGGAGUCUGGAGAUUGGCUACGAGCCUUACACUGCCUGGGCUCCUGUCACCAUCAACGCCGGUCUUUCUGACCAAGGUGACGGUUUCUUCACCUUCACCCCGUCCGGCCUGGUCUGGAAUGUGACCCAGUUCGACGGCUGGCUUGUCUGCGACUGGUGGCACACCACCCCCCAGCUCUUCUGGAAGACCGGUGUCGCCUACUCCAACAGCUCGCUCCCCAGCAGCUGCGCCGACGUCUACCUUGUCAAGGAGUCGUUGUAG